AAUGGGAGCUCUCCCCCACCAUUCUUAAUGUCAAUCGUCAAACAUAUAAAGGUUGUGGCAAACUGAGGUUAAGUUACAUCUGAAGGUGAAGUGACAUUGGACUGAGGCAGCUUCCAUCCCAAGGCAGCUACAGACAUACAAUUCAGAGAAGCUUUGUGCAAAAAAGAUUCAAGAUGCUCCUGAUCAUCCUGAUUCAACUCCUGAUCGUCGCAUCAGCAAAUGUCCAGGCAACCACAACUGUAGCACCUACAACUGCAGCACCCACCACUGUAGCACCUACAACUGCAGCACCCACCACGAAUGCUGGUGGUGUCAUCACCACCACGGCCGUAGCACCCACCACGAUGGUUGCAGCACACAUCACAACUCCUGCUGGUGCCACCACCACCACGACUGCUGCAGCACUCACCACGACGGCCGCAGCACCCACCACAACUCCUGCUGGUGUCAUCACCACGACGGCUGCUGGUGCCGCCACCACCACCACGGCUGCUGGUUCCACUACCACUACCACGACUGCUAUAGCACCCACCACGGCGGCUGCUGGUGCCACUACCACCACCACGGCUGCUGGUGCCGCCACCACCACCACGGCUGCUGGUGCCACUACCACCACCACGGCUGCUGGUGCCGCCACCACCACCACCACGGCUGCUGGGGCCUCUACCACCACCACGGCUGCAGGUGCCGCAACCACCACCACGGCUGCUGGUGCCGCCACCACCACCACGGCUGCUGGUGCCACCACCACCACCACGGCUGCUGGUGCCGCCACCACCACCACGGCUGCUGUUGCCACCACCACCACGGCUGCUGGUGCCGCCACCACCACCACGGCUGCUGGGGCCUCUACCACCACCACGGCUGCUGGUGCCGCCACCACCACCACGGCGGCUGGGGCCUCUACCACCACCACGGCUGCUGGUGCCGCAACCACCACCACGGCAGCUGGUGUUGCCACCACCACCACGGCUGCUGGUGCCACCACCACCACGGCUGCUGGGGCCGCCACCACGGCGGCUGCUGGUGCCACUACCACCACCAUGGCUGCUGGUUCCGCCACCACCACCACGGCUGCUGGUGUCGCCACCACCACGGCUGCUGUUGCCACCACCACCACGGCUGCUGUUGCCACCACCACCACGGCUGCUGGGGCCUCUACCACCACCACGGCUGCUGGUGCUGCCACCACCACCACGGCGGCUGGUGCCACCACCACCACGGCAGCUGGGGCCGCCACCACCACCAUGGCGGCUGCUGGUGUCAUCACCACCACGGCUGCAGCAACCCCCACAACUGCUGCAGCACCCACCACGACGGUUGCAGCACCCACCACCACGGCUGCUGGGGCCACUACCGCCACCGGGGCUGCUGGUGUCAUCACCACCACGGCUGCAGCAACCCCCACAACUGCUGCAGAACCCACCACGACGGUUGCAGCCCCCACCACCAUGGCUGCUGGGGCCACCACCGCCACCACGGCAGCUGGUGUCGCCACCACCACCACGGACGCUGGGGCUGCCACCACCACAACGGCGGCUGCUGGUGUUAUCAGCACCACGGCUGCAGCAACCCCCACAACUGCUGCAGCACCCACCACGACGGUUGCAGUACCCACCACCACGGCUGCUGGGGCCACUACCGCCACCGGGGCUGCUGGUGUCAUCACCACCACGGCUGCAGCACCCACCACAACUGUUGCAGCACCCACCAACACGGCAGCUGGUGUCGCCACCACCACCACGGACGCUGGGGCCGCCACCACCAUCACCACGGAUGCUGGUGCCACCACCACCACGGCUGCUGGGGCCGCCAUCACCACAACGGCGGCUGCUGGUGUCAUCACCACCACGGCUGCAGCACCCAUCACAACUGCUGCAGCACCCACCACGACGGCUGCUGGGACCACCAGCGCAACAGCGGCUGCUGUUGUCACCACCACCACCACUAACACUGCUGCACAUGCUGGGAUCGUAUCUGUGAGCAGUCUGGUGUUCUGUCACUUCAGUGUUGUUCUCUUCAUGUCCCUCUGUACCGUGUGA